AUGAGCGGCACGGAGACGGCAGCAGCGGCGCCCACGUCGUUUGCGGCGCUGGGCAUCUCCAUGCAGCUUGUGCGUGCACUCAAAAUGCUUGCGAUCACGGUCCCCACCCCGAUUCAGGCCGCAUGUAUCCCCGCGAUUCUGCAGGGCCGUGAUGUGAUCGGUGGUGCGCAGACAGGGUCAGGGAAGACCUUAGCCUUUGCCUUGCCGAUUCUACAGAAUCUACUCAAAGAUAUGACAGGUGGCUAUGCUGUGGUCCUUACGCCGACACGUGAACUCGCCGUGCAGCUCCAGGAACAGUUUCUAGCUGUAGGACAAGGCAGUCGUAUGGGCCUGCGAUGUGCUUUGGUCAUUGGCGGUGUGGAUAUGAUCAAGCAGGCCAAUGAACUGGCUGCACAGCGACCACAUGUGAUUGUCGCCACGCCUGGUCGCUUGGUCGACCUUCUGUCGUCGGGCGCUGCGCAGGACUGGGGCUUGGAACGAUGCUCGUUCGUCGUGCUAGACGAGGCAGAUCGCUUGCUGUCACCAACAUUUGCCUCAGCCCUAUCGUACCUAUUUUCCGUCCUUCCAUCGCCACGUUUGCGGCAGACGCUCCUUUUCACAGCUACACUCACGCCGGAAAUUGAACGCUUGACAGAAAAGCCGCCAGAGGAUGGCAAGCAGCCGCCGUUGUUGCGCAAGAUUGAGAUGGAUACAUCAACACCUGCGACGCUUCAGCAGCACUACGUGCUGGUACCCUCGCAUAUGCGCGAACCCUAUUUGGUUCACUUACUGCACGAUCCACCAUGCCGGUCCCAAAAGACAGCCGCCGCGACGACGAAGCUGGCCGACAUCUAUCGGACCACGACCAAAGCACGCAAAGAGGAGAACAGUGAGGCAGAAACACCUUCCUUUCCCCUCACCAUUGUGUUUGUAUCGCGAGGCAAAACUGCAGAGUUGGUGUCUCGUGUGCUAACGGAGCUGGGUAUCGCCAAUGUAUCUCUGCACUCGAUGCUACCACAGUCCAAGCGACUUGAACAUUUGCAAAUGUUUCGUGCACGUCGUGUCCCUAUUCUUGUGUCUACCGACGUGGGCAGUCGUGGUCUGGAUAUCCCUGACGUAGAAUUGGUCGUGAAUUGGGACGUGCCAGCAGCCUGGGAAGACUAUGUGCACCGAGUGGGUCGUACUGCUCGUAAAGGCCAACAAGGCUGGGCUGUGAGCUUUGUUACGGAGCAUGAUGUGUCCCUCAUCCAGUCCAUCGAAGAGAAAAUUCACAAGACCCUCGAUGUAUGGGAGAUGCCUGAAUCGCAAGUGCUCGAACGGCUCUCUGCUGUAUCUGCUGCGAAGCGAGUAGCUUCUAUGGCUCUGCAUGAUGAAAAGUUCGGCGAGCAGCAGGAACGAAACAAACGCAAAGCACGACGUGCGCAGCGUGCUAACGACAAGGCCAAACGUGCCAAGCAGGAAGAAUAG